UUCUUAUUCAACUAUUAAUGGUUUUCAAAUCAUUUUUCCAACAAGGAUAAUCAAAGUCCUGAGGAGGACACCCAACCAUAAUUAUCAGCCAUAGAUCCACGGGAUGCUUGCCACCUGUACAACCCAAUCCAAUGGUGGUUGCUUGGAAGGAGAGAGGAGGGGUCUAUUGGAAUUCAAGGACUUCCUCAAAUCCAACGGUGCUGAUGCAGACCGUAUCCUCCCUACCUGGGUUGAGAAACCAGCAGAUCAUCAUCUGAAUGAGUGCUGUGAUUGGGAGAGAGUCACAUGCGAUCCCACCACAGGGCACGUGACUGAGCUCUCUCUGCAUAAUAUAAGAGAUAUAUCAGGCGAUGAAUAUUUUUACAGAUCUAGUGGAUUUUUCGGAUCUGAAGUAGAUUUCAAAGAAUACCACCAAAACAGAAUUUGGUUCAUAAAUGUCUCUGUCUUCCUUCCUUUCGAAGAGCUCCGAAACCUCAACUUGUCUUAUAAUUUAUUUAGUGGUUGGAUUGACAAUCAAGGAUUUGAAGGGUUGUCAAGUUUGAGGAAGCUGGAGAAGUUGGAUCUUGGUUCCAACCUCUUUAAUGACAGUAAUAUAUUUCGAUGUUUGGGUGCUCUCGCUUCAAUUAAGACUUUGAUUUUUAGUUACAAUUCCUUGGGUGGAUACUUCCCUGCACAUGGCACAUUUAGUAACAUUGAGAAACUUGGAAACGCUGGAUAUAGGCAACAAUCGUUAUCUUGGCUGUCUCCCAAUGCAAGUUGGCUGGUCAAUUUUGUUUAUGACUGGGAUUAUUGUCAGUCAUCGUCUUCUUCUUCGACGGCGAUUGCGAUCGGAGGCGGAGACGCGAAGGAGCUAGGAGAGGCGGGAGACGGUGAAUCCGAAGGGAGUGGUGUUGUGGAGAGUGAAAAUGAGGUCUGA